AUGUCCUUGAGAUCACCUCGCGGACAAUCACCUCUACGUUCACCGGACCAGGACCAGGACCGAGCACGGUCGCGUUCGCCACGUCGCUCAAAACCCCGAAGUGAAAGCCCAUCCCGAAGCCUAACCCGAAAUCCCCGUCGCGUGGAAGAACUCGAUCUCGCAGUCGCAGUCGCAGUCGAGGUGGUCGACGUUACAAUAGCCGGAGCGAAAGCCGCUCACUUACUCCCAACCCCAGUCCUCCGAGAAGUUCCAAGAUCGUGGUAG